AUGGCCGGAGCUGAACUCAAUGUGCGCGAGCUGUUGGAGCUCGAGCGCCAGAUCUACCAGGAGAGCAUUGACCGUGUGCUACAGCAGCAGGAGAAGCUGAAUACCGGUGUAUUGGAUGAUUUUGUACGACGCUGUAGACCUUUCGAAGAGGUCCGCGAGCGCGAGUUACAAGUGGCGCAAAACCAGCUCCAGCUCUCGCAACAAGACGCGCUCAGUCUCUUUCAGUUCGAUCUACAGCAAGCGGAAGACGUCUUCCGGUCUGAGAGAGAGCAACUUAAGCGCAAGUUGCUGGAAAGCACGAGACGCAGACGAGCGAUCAUCGACAAGCGACUCAAGACACUGGACGAGAAACCAUUGCCCACGAGCAACUUGAACGUACGCGCAACAACCGAGUACACAAUCAAAAAAGAGGGAAAAUUGCAGCGUAAGUUGCUGGAAAAUCAACUCCGAAAGGCUCAAAUAAGGACGAGGAGGGACUUUAACUUCCGACACUUGUCGGACGGCGUACUACCGACCCCUGAAAGGAUCGUGAACGACGUAUCUAUUGAAUGUGAGAAGCUGCAACGCAACCGCGAACUCCAAGAAAGGGAGGAAAUGACGGUGCAAGAAGGCGGGAGUCUCAAUGUCCACGUGGAUAUCAUUGAGGACGGACAGAAACUACGUUGUCGACUGAAGAAAAGCGAAGAGUUGGUGGAGGAAACGUUCGGAGUAGGGGACGCGGUGGUGUUGAUUUCCCGGUUAACCGAAGAGGAUUUCCAUGGAUUUGUGUCAGCUAUUGCGAGUGACGAGGUGAAGUUGGUACUGGUAUGCGGAACCCAUGCUCACGUGGCGAUUUCUCGACUACGCAGUGGCCAGUGUACACUGCACAAACGACGGGAAGACUUCGUAGCAAUUGACAAGAGAGAAAAUGGCCAGGAAGGUAUUAAUGGGAUUAAAUCACCUCCUGGCGUUGCCACCAACUUGAAGGAUUUAUUACGGGAUCCGCCCGAUGUGCGACGUCGUGCGGCUGCAGUAUUGAACCGACUCAAGCGAAAGACAACGAUUGAUAUCCGACGCGGUUUCUGA